AUGGCGGCGCCCAGCCUGCGGGGCCGCCUGGCGCAGCUAGGAAACCCGCGGAAGCCUAUACUGAAGCCCAACAAGCCCCUCAUCCUAGCUAACCGCGUCGGGGAACGGCGCCGGGAGAAGGGUGAGGCGACUUGUAUCACAGAGAUGUCGGUGAUGAUGGCUUGCUGGAAGCAGAAUGAAUUCCGCGACGAAGCGUGCAGAAAAGAGAUCCAGGACUUCUUUGAUUGUGCUUCGAGGGCUGAGGCAGCCCGCAAGAUGAGAUCUGUCCAUGAUGCCCUUGGAGAGUCUGGGAAUUUACCUCCCAAGAAACUGAAUACAUUGUUACAGAGGUUUCCUAACAAACCUCAUGUCAGCUAA